AGACAGAGAGAGAGAGAGAGAGAGAGAGAGACAGUCAAUCAGACAGAGAGAGAGAAAGAGAGACAGAGAGAGAGAUAGUGGGUGUGAGUGAGUGAGUGAGUGUCGGAGCGCGUGUUUAUAAUCUCGUGGAGCCGCUGAGUGGAUGAGUUGAGGAGAUUCAGUUUUUUACACGGAGGAACAUUAUCGCUGGAGGACUUUUCAGCAGGGUCGCGGUUCUUAUGCCUGUUGCUCUGAAUGAGGAGGUUUGAAAUGGUCUUGGCCUGAUGGAGCACCGAACUGAGAAGAUCCGUAACCCAGGUCCGUGUCGUGUUUAGGGCCUGACUGUGGCUGAAGUUGUGGCUCAAAGUGUCCAGGAUGGUUGUGAAUUUCCGCCGGUUCAGGAAAUGUCAAGUUCGACAGCUGAUGAUGACAUGCUUCGUGAUAUCAGCAGUCAUGGUGUACUGGGAAAGUAGUGACAGCAAUUUAACAAAUCAUGUGAAGUCCUACUCGCUACGGCACCUGCUCAGCAGCCUCGACUUCAUCAGUGCCAACCUGACGAUUAGUCGAGGAGAGGCACGGAGGUUCAGUGACCACCAGUACUUGAUAAACCACGAACAGAAGUGCACCAACAGGGAUGUCCUGCUUCUGCUGUUUGUGAAAAGCUCGCCGGAGAACUUUGCGAGGAGGCAGGCCAUUCGGUCAACGUGGGGCAAUGAGGCCUACAUUGAGAGGACCUUGGGCGUGAGUGUGAGAGUGGUUUUUGCACUUGGCCUUCACCCUUCUCCCUCGCAGAGAAAGAAACUGCAAGAGAUGCUGCAUCAGGAAGAUGAGAAGUACAACGAUUUGAUCCAGCAGGACUUCCUCGAUACUUUCCACAACCUAACCAUCAAGUUACUCCUGCAGCUAGGCUGGACCCAUGCGUACUGUUCCAACGCCCAGUUCCUCAUGUCUGCAGAUGACGACAUCUUCGUCCACAUGCCCAACCUUAUCCACUAUUUGCAAGAGGUCAGGCGCUCUGGAGUGAAGGACUUCUGGGUUGGAAAGGUGCAUCGAGGCGCUCCGCCCAUUCGUAGGAAGGACAGCAAGUACUAUGUGUCAGAAGAGAUGUACCCCUGGUCAAUGUACCCUGAUUACACUCCUGGGGCCGGUUACGUUGUCUCGAAGGACGUGGCCGCCCGGGUCUACGAAGCUUCCCUCACUCUGAACGCCUCUCUUUACAUCGAUGACGUCUUCAUGGGCAUUUGCGCCAACGCGAUGGGGAUUUCUCCCCAAGAGCACGCCUUCUUUUCUGGAGAGGGCAGAGCCCCUUACCACCUUUGCAUUUACAACCAGAUGAUGACUUCACACGGACACGUGAAGGACUUCCAUGAACUCUGGAGACUUGCGACAGACCCCGAGGUGCAGAAAGUGUCUUUGGGGCUUUUAGGAAAGCUUUAUUGCACUGUGGCUAAAAUCAGACUCCUCUGUGUACCACAAUUUCAGAACACCUAUCCGUGCAGAGCAGCAUUCUUAUAAUAGGACUUAUAACAGGACUUUAGUAUGAGGUCACCUGUUGCGUUCGCUCGCCCCCAGCAUCUUCACACCUUUUUUCACACCUUAUUUUUUGUAGUAUUUAUUUGUGUAACUUAACAAUAUUUUGCGCCUUUAUAGUUGAAUAGUAUAGAAUAGUCCUAUGAAACUACAUUGCUUUUGUGAAAAGGUGUGGGGGUGUGUUUGGUAUUGUGUGACAAGGCCUAUUUAUGGUGAUUGACACGUAAUACAAGUAAGACAUGGGUUUUGAUCAUGAGCCCACCUGUUAAACCACCUCUUCCCAAAUUGUUUUGAGAGCAGCUCAAAAAGAAGUUAUGAGGAGCACCCUGGACUUUGGACAUUUUAGACAGUUACAUAAAAUGAGGCCUUUAAACUAGUAAACCAUAUUUCAACCCUUUCUAUAUUUUGAAAGAAUCUGUUAUUUUUUAUUUUUAUAUUUAACAAAAGAGUGUGUUUUUUUUUUCUUUUAAAUCAAACUUCAGCAGGCCACCAGUAUAAGAAGGAAACCAUGCUCUGAGGUAACUUUCAUUUAAACACAUUGUGAAGGGUUGCAGGUUGGAAGAUCCGGAAGUCGGUUGGUGGUUUUGUAAAGCAGGGACCAGUUAAUUGGUGUAUUGCAUAAACUUUUUUAAACUUUUGGGCUUCCUCAAAAUGCAAAUAGCUGAAGUAAUGUGAAACAUUUUGGGACUGUUUGUUUAUUUGUACCUUUUGUAUGUCUGUUGUGCUUCUUCGCAAUCUACCUCAACAGUUGCCAAGAAACCUGGUUAAGGGUUUAAUCAAACCAAGUCCAAGAUGGACCUUUUAGUCACUGUAGUCAUCCUUGAUCCGUGAACCGUACCUCAUAUAUUAAACACAUCUGGAAGGCUGGGAUUAAGGCCCAAUCCCAUUUCACCCCUUGUCCCUACCACGUACCCCUAGCCCUUUUUUUUGAGUGUACUCCUUCCCCUUGGAACAGAGGAGAACAAAGUUUCCCCUUAAGAAUUGGGACAACCCUUCAAGCACCCGAUACGUCAUCAGGAGCUCUAAAGUGCUAAAGUUCAGUAACCUAACUGCUGCUGCUGGUUAACUAUAGUUAACUUUAGGGUGUAUUUUACUGUAUUUCUUCAGAAAGGGGGGAGAUGGUAGAGAAAUUAAUUAUUAUUGUCCGUUCCGUAAUUCGUAACUCUUUGAUGUGGAGCUGAAAUUUAGCUUUUAUUAGCCAUUCCGCCAUCUGUUGCACCAUUUAAGGUGGAACGGAAAAGUUAGCUAGCUAGCUACUGAGACUGAGAAACUACUAGCGAUCUUUUUUACGCUUGUUAAAAAAAGAAUCUGACCAUAAAACAUUGAAACUACACAUUAAACUCUGGUAAAAUAGAGCUCAUAACCCAUAGUUUGAAGUGUGCAUCUGAAAAAAAAAAAUUCUGUAUAAAAAGCUAAAAACAAGCCUCCAGCCUCCUUGGUGUGCAAAACAGAGGGUUAGGGGUUAGGGGUAAGUGGUAGGGAGAAAGGGGUGAAACAGGUGAAAUGGGAUUGGGCCGAAGACAUCUGCGAUUGACGGGAGGGAUCCUCAUGAAGUCGUUGAUGUUCUAAGUCCACAGUGAGCUCUGCAUUGGCAGCGAGCGCUGCUUUGUUUAGAGAGCUGGUAUCCUCAGCUGGCUGUAAGGCUAAGUUAAAUACCAGACAGUUUACAUAGCACUGGCAAUAGUUGACCCUUUAAGGUGUGGCGACUCUGAUAUCAUUUGCGGUAGAAUGUGUCCAAACCGAAGGGUGUUUUGAUCAGGGUUGUUUGAGUGAAUGACUGGCAGCAGACUUGCUCGAUCGAAGCUCAAGUGAUGCUUGAGGUCACAGCUAAAGCAGUAGUAUUAUUAAGUUGUUACAGGAAAGCCAGUAAAGACCUCUCUCUCACAUCAAACCUGUUUCAUAACUGGACACACACACACAGCUUGCUUGCCUCGCUCCUGCUGAAGAACUACACUAUUUUUAGUGAACAGAUCAAAUGUCUCCACUGCGAGACUUGGGGACACAUGGGAUCGUGUUGUUGCCUACGUCCAGCUCUGCUCUCUUGUUAAUGACAGUUGGAACUGUGUAGUACAUAACGCUGGGUCUGAGUUACUGUCUUUUAUGUGAUUUUGUGCAUUUGAGAUAUGUCGAGUUGUUUUUCUGUACUGUUUAAUAAACUGUUUGCUUGCUAA